UUCAGUUUGGACGCGUUGCGCUCUGCACAAUUUGGUAUUUUGUUGGUAUUUUGCGGGUUUUUCGCAUGUGCGGCGCGACAAGUGUGCCAGGAUAACGUUUCGAAAUACACAUACACACACAUAUAUAUAUAUACAUACAUAUAUAUUUAUAUAUACAUAUAUACACAAACGUGGCCCAUGCUGUGCAGUGUAGUUAGUGUAGUGUAAUUAGUUAACAAGCAGCCAGCAUUAUACAACAGGUGCUGCUUAGCGGAUUAGCUGACUUGAACUGAACGUUUAUCCUGCAAGAUGCGCUUGCAACAUUUGCCAUUGCUGUUGGCGCUGCUUGCUGCGGGAGCAGCCGCAGCAGCAACCACUUCAAAGUCCAAGAGUGAAGCCAAGACGAAAGCCGAGCCAACUACCGUUGCCACCAAGAAGCCCAGCUCCACCAGCUCCAACAGCACGACGCGCCAGUCGAAAUCCCUGAAGUCGCAGCCCGGCGAGAAUCGGGGCAAGCGCACGCUCUACGACUUCGGCAACGCGGGCUACCUGUAUCCGGAGGUGGCCAGCCGCCGGGCGGGCUACGUGGAUAACUAUUAUCCGGGCUACUACAAUGGACAGCAAGCGCUGGCUCAAUAUCCGGGCAGCUACAGCAGCGCCUAUGCGCCGUAUCCGCAGUAUCUGGAGGCGCCGGAGCCCAUCAUCGAGAUCAUCAUCAAGGACGCCAAUGAGACGCUGGCCGCGGAGCCGCCGCAGCCGAUUAUCACCAAGAAGAAGAAGAAGAAGGAGAAGGUGCACGUCUUCUAUGUGAACUACAAGAAGGAUCAGAACAACAAGCUGCACCUGGAGUCGCCCAUCGCCUCGCUGAACAACGACGACGAUGCCGACGAGGAGGAGGAGGAAGAGGAGAUCAUUCAGUACCCGGUGACGCCCCUGCCGCCCCUCAAGUCGACCACGCUGCGCACCAUCAUCCACCCCGACUCGGAGAAGUACCACAGCAACAGCGGCAUUCACGUCUCCUUCGGCGCCGAGAACAAGCACCAGACGGGCCACAUCCUGGAGGAGCAUGACGCGGAGAGCAUUCAGCGCCAGGUGGUGGCGCUGCCGCUGACCAACACGCGCGCGGACUACGGACGCGAAAGCAGCUUUGCACGCGGUCCCGUUUCCAAUCUGCUCUUCGGCAGCAACAGCUAUCAGCAACAUCAGCCGCAGCAGCAGCAACAUUUGCAUUUUGGCAGCCAGCAGCAGCAGCAGCUGCCGUCGCAGCACAACAGCAACUAUUUUCGAGCCCCAGCAGCGCUGCCCACCAAGCAGCUGCAGCAGCAGCAGCAGCAGCAGCAGCCAUCACAGCAGCAACAUUACUAUCAGAAGCAGCAGCAACAGCAGCAACAGCAGCGGCCCAGCAUAACGCAGCAGCAAUUGCCGGCCACAUCCUCUCAGACCAUCUUCAACAAGCUGGUGCAGCAAUCUCAGUUCUACGUCAAUCACAAUCAGCAAUAUCAAACAGCGCAGCCACAGCCGCAGCAGCAGCAACAGCAGCAGCAGCAAUAUCAGAAGCCGCCACACAAACAGGUUCAGGUGCCAUUCUUUCCCACAAUACCCCCAAAAAGUCAAGAGUUGCCAACGCGUGCCAGCCAAACGCCAUAUCAGCCCAUCAAGUUCCGACCCACACCAGCGCCAGCGCCGCAAGUGAAGCCAUUGCAGCUGCCACAACAGCAGCAGCAGCAGCAGCAACGUCAGCAACAGCAGCAACAAUAUCAAACGCCCAAGCCGCAACCUUAUCAAUUCGUUAGACAGCCGCAAUUUGUGCAGCAGCCGCAGUUUAUAGUGCGCUCCCCCACCCCAGCAACCGACUACUAUGCACAGCAGCAACACCAGCCCCAGCAGCAACAGCAGCAGCAGCAUAAGUACUCAGCGCUCAACUAUUUUGACAUAAAGCCCUCCAAGGAGACGGAGCUGUUAAAGUCCAUACCCAAGUUUGAGCAGCACAUUACAGAGACGGUGCAGAAUCCCAUUGUCAGCCAGCAGCAGCAGCAGCAACAACAGCAACUGAUUUCCCAUCAGUCAUUCGCUUACAGCAGCAAUCGUAAUGAAGUGAUUCAUGAUAUUCCCGCUCCCAAUCUGGCACCCAAUGCGCCACAGCCUCAAGCUCAGCCGCUGACGGGUCACUACAUUACCGCCAGCUCCACACAGCAGCAACAGCAGCAGCAACAGCAACAGCAGCAGCAGCAGCAACAACAGCAACAGCAGCAGCAACAGCAGCAGCAAUUGAACUUUGCCAGCGAAGCGACCCCCAUCUAUGCCGAGUCUACGCAUGGCCAGAAGGUAAUGGUGGUCACGCCCCUGCCGCCCUCAUCCAGCUACGCCAGCUACAAUCAGUAUCCCUCGCACAAUGAGCAGGUGAUUCAGGUGCAUCCGCAGACGCAGUCCAGCAGCAGCAACAGCAACAACUAUGUGCAGCAGCCCAGGCAGUCGAGCAGCGCAGCUGUGGACAACUCACCCUUCAGCGUCUCCACCUACCACUCGGAUGUGUUCAAAGAGCUGCAGCAGCGACAGCAACAGGAGAAACAGCAGCAGCAGCAGCAGCACCAACAACAGGCGCAGCAGCAACAACAGCAGCCGAAGCAACAGCAAUCGUCCUAUGUCACGCCAGCAGGAUCCGCUGCAGCUGCAACUGUUGCUGCACCCACCUCGCCCUCGCCCUCAGCCACGCCCAAUGGCAAGGCAUCGCAGACGCUGCUGCAGCUGCCCGACGAGGUGCCCGACGAUCUGCGCCAGCAACUCCUCUCCUCCGGCAUUCUGAACAACGCCGACAUCUCCGUCCUGGACUACGACAAGCAGGGUGACAUUGCCCUGGAGAAUCUGCCGGCGGAGCAUCUGCAGCACUUCUACGGAGCAGGAGGCGGUGCUCAGAUAGCCGAGACCAAUAAAGUCCUCACCGUGGUCAAGCCCAACGGCGACAAAGUGGCGCUGAGCGAGAAGCAAAUCGACCGUGUGAAGCAGACGAACUCGCUGCCCCAGAAACAGAAUCUGGACGUGAAGGUGGUGCGCUACGAUGCGGCCCAGGGACAGAGCGUGAGCGACAAGUAUGUGCGGCAGGAUGCGACCGUCGUGACGCCCGUGGAGCUGGCCGAGCGACAGCAGUACAAUCGCUAUCUGCCGCUGAAGAUCAAUGGAGCACAGUUUCCCAUACCCGACAGCGAGGAGCUGCUGGGCAAGAAGAUCGUUAGCGUGGUGGUGCUGGCGCCAGUGGAGGCGCAACCACAGACCAGCGAGGCCAGAAGCAGCAGCAGCGGCAGCGGCAGCAGCAGCAGCAGCGCCGGCACUGUAGACAGCAAGGAGAUCAAGUUUCUGGGCGGCGAGCUGGUCAAGACGCUGCUCAAGAAGCCCACCAAGGACAACUUCAAGCGCUGGCUGGAGAAGGAGGCGCGCACAGACAUUGAACUGCAGUCGGUGGUGCUGCUGGUGGCCAAAGCCAGCGAGAGUGCCGAUCAGGAGAUCUUUAUGUACGACAUUGCCACGGGCGGCGUGAAUAAACUGAAUGGGGAGCUAUCCAGCACCUUCGUCAAUGUGGCCGAGGAGAAUGCCAGCAGUGAGGAUCUGGAGCAUGCUGCCACGCUAGAUCAGAGUUCCAUUGAGACCAUGAUGCAGUUGCGUCGCAGAUAGACGCACACACACAUACGCACACUCAUACACACACACACAUGCGCACACACACAGAGAGACAUUAUGCCAUUUAGAUACUCGAGCUAUUCUUGUACUAGAUACAAAAAAUCUUUACAUCAUUAUAUUAUGACACCCGCACACACACACACACACACACUCACACACACAGAGAAAAUGCAAAAUUUAAACACAUUUUAUGCAAAGGGUUUGAACGUUCGCAGUGCGUAUAUUCCUUUAUUUUUCGUAGUAUUUCAAUGUUGUAAAUAUAU